GUGCCAGUUUGGAGUUGUUGGAAGGCAAAUAGCUCCCUGGUGUCCUUGCUCUUGAUGAAGCCGCACUAGUUACUGCAUAAGACAAGUUUCAUACGAUUUUACCCCCCAACCCAUCCACCCCCUUACAUUUUGGUAGCUUUUACAUUUUGUUCUUGUAACUGAAAUUCAAGCAAAUAUUGAUUUUGUAUUCUAAAAUCAUGCAGAAGGCUCCAGUCAUGCAGAUAAAGGAAGGUUUAAAUGUUAGGCCAAAAUGUACGAUGCUCGAAAAGGCCAUUAGGGAGUUGGAGAAGAUGGUUGCAGAAUCAAGACCACCAACCAUGGAAGUUCAGGAUGCUGAUAUUUCAUCUCAGGCAGUCAAGCGGAGGUUGCCACAUGAAGUAAAGCAGAAGCUGGCCAAAGUUGCUAGACUAGCGCAAGCAAACCAUGGAAAAAUAUCGAUGGAGCUGGUCAAUCGUCUUAUGAGUAUUGUUGGCCGCAUGGUACAAUUGAGGACAUUAGAGAUUGAGCAAGGAAUUUUGGACUUGUUAGCACUCGACUCUAUCUCAGGUGGUGGUCACGCAAAUGUAAACCUGUUUCCUAAUGUUGAUAGCUCCUGGAAAGUAUGCUUAUCCACGGUGGAAAGACAAGGUUAUAAACUCUACAAAGAAAAGAAAAGCAGGGCUGUGCCCUAUGACUCCGGAGGAACCGGCUUUGACAUAGCGAGCACUAGACAUUGAUCGAAACAUCCAGAUUUAUAUUGCUGCUGGAGAUAUGUAUGGAGGAAAGACGAGGUUGGCGAGUCUAGCAGUGGCUUUUCCAAAUUUGGUGAAGAAGGAAACAUUACUUAAACCCUCAGAGCUAUUGCCAUUCCAGAACCAUUCAUCUCAAAUGGCAGCAUUGGAUUAUAUUGUUUCAGUUGAGUGAUAUAUUUGUCCCAACAUAUGGAGGCAACAUGGCAUUAGUUGUUGAAGGCCAUAGAAGGUUCUACAAGCUUGCAUCGAUUUGAAGCUUGGGAGCUCUUUGCUAGAUUUUGAAUACCAUUUCAACGAAGUCCUUGAAAAGAAGAUGCGAUGAGUUGAGUUGUUUUGUUAUGUAGGUUCACCUUUCAAAGAAAAAGAAGAAGAAGAAUAAGGAGAAGAAUUAAGAAGAGACUGAGAGGAUUGAAGGCCUGGAAAACAGCAUGGAGAGCGAUUCAGAAUGGCAGUGAAGGAUGGAUGGGGCUUUCCUUUGAAUUUUUAUUUCUCUUCUUUUUUUCUUUUUUUUUUCCUUUGAUCUGACUGGGGAGUUAGGUGUAUUGGUUUACUUUCUUCUUAUUUUUUGUAUUAAAUGGGGGAGUGGUGAGAGAGAGAAGGGGGUAAUGUUAUUUUGUGGCUUUGUAUAUAAGGUAGUAAUUUUUUGAUUGAGAAUUGUGAAUUCAAUUUUUGGAUAUGUUAUUUUGUGGGUUAUGCACUACAACAAAACUAACUAUUCACGGCAUUAUAUUUAUGACAUGCAUUAAAUGCAUGUCGUAGUUAGUACAUUCUA